UUGGUUUGGUGAAGUUAAUUAGUAUUCCGGCACAAGAUGAAGCUUCUUGUUUUGAUUGUGGCAACAUGUGUGGUGGGAGCUCUGUGUGGCGAGGAGAAAUGUGAACCGGGCACAACGUUUAUGGAGGACUGCAACAAAUGUCGCUGCGGUGCAGAUGGUCAGAAGGCUUGCACGCGCAAGAUGUGCCCCCCGAACGAGCUGUCCGACGAUAGUCAGGUGCGCACCGAUGUCCAGAACGGUGAUUCGCUGUCGUCGGCCGAUGAGAAGGAUGAGGUGCAUCUGCAAACCAACGGACAGGUGUGCUCGCCGAACGAGAUCAAGAUGAAGGACUGCAAUCGCUGCCGGUGUGCCAACAAUGGUAUCGGAUGGUUCUGCACGCGAAGAGCAUGUCCGCAGCGCGAGAAGCGUUCGGCUCCGAGUACCGAAAAGAAAUGCACCCCAGGAACCAACUUCCGAAGUGAUGAUGGCUGCAAUACCUGCUUCUGCACGGAAACCGGCAUCGCGGCCUGCACACUGAAGGCAUGCUUCUCAAGCUUCCCCGAGCGGUUACCUCUGGCAGCACUCACCCAAGGAGCACACCGUGUAAAGCGUGAGAAAAACUGUACCCCCGGAACGGUGUUCAAAAGCGAAGAUGGCUGCAACACCUGCUUCUGCACGGACGAUGGUCAAGCUGCCUGUACCCUGAUGGCUUGUCUGCCGAAUGAGCCGCAACAGAAACAGAAGCGUGACACUCUGCCCCAGUCGGAAAUUGCACCCGGUGCGCCAGGAUUCAGCUGCCAGCCCAAGUCUUCAUUCAAAUAUCAGUGCAACACGUGCCUCUGCUCCGAUGAUGGCAAGAUGGCAGGAUGUACCUUCAAAUACUGCAUUCCCGGUGAAUGGUAA